GAAGCUCCUGUUAUCGGAAAUGGUACUCCACCAAACCACAUGCAUGUAAACCAAUAUUUUUCUAACCUCCAAAACCCCUAAUCUGUCAAUACACUCUUAAAUAGCAAGCGCUCCCAUCGUCGUCUCUCUUUUUAUAGCGCGCCUAUAUUUCCAGCGAUCCAUCCAGUCUCAUAUUCAAAAUGGCGGACGUUCAACUUGACGCGGUGCCCGUUGCGAUCCCGGAGCCCGCCAUAAUCACCGAGCCCACGGCUAUCUUAGAGUCUUCAGAGCCCACGACUGUCGAAGAGCCCGCCAGCGUCCCCGAGGCCAUCCCAGAGCCCAUCGCCGUCUCCGCGCCUGUCGCCAUCUCAGAGCCGAUCACCAUCACCGAACCCACCAUCUCUCCCCCCGCCUCCUCCCUCACAAAAUCUACUCCCCCCGCGCCCCCCUCCGUCAAAACCCUCCAAUCCUGGCUCCCCCUCUACCUCACCAAAACCGACCGCCUCCUCACCCACUUCAGCCGCAUAAUCUCCACCCCCUCCGGCACCGACGCCACGCUCCUCACCCUCGGCUACUCCUCCCUCGCCAUCUCCUCGCUCCUCACCCGCCUCACCACCCCCUCCGAAAAGCACGCCCUCACCGCGCGCCGCCUCGCAGCCCUCUACGCCCUCUGCUCCGACGUGCGCAUGUUCGCGCGCCUCUUCGGGCUCUUCGGGAUGUGGCAGUGGGGAAAGAGCGCUAUCCUCACUCCCUCCGCUGAUCCAGUGGAGCGGCAUAUCGUGAACGCCCAGGUGCUGGUGAAUACCAUCUACCAAGUCCUCGAGAACGGGGCGUAUCUCAGCUCGAAGGGGGUUCUUGGGUGGACCGCCGAAAAGCAGGGGAAGGCGUGGAUGUGGAGUAGUAGGUGUUGGGCCGCGCAUACGGCGUUGGAGUUUGUGAGGCUGGCGAGGGAGAGGCAGGUUAGGAAGAGGAAGGCGGUGGUGGGGGAGAAGGGGGAGGAGGCAGUGAAGGAUUUGGCGUGGAGGAGGGAGGUGUGGAUUAAUGCGGGAUAUGCGCCGCUGACGAUUCAUUGGAGUUUGGAGGGGGGGAUUAUUAGCCCGCUGACGGUGGGGUUGUUGGGGAGCUUUGUGGGGGCGGUGAAGAUGAUUAGGUUGUGGGAGGCUACGGCUUAAGGGGACAGUAGACUGGGAGGCAACGAAGAGCUAGCGAUCGCGAGUGGUUGGGUUUUUGGUUGGAGACAGCGGGGUGUGUUUGAAUAUACGACCUGGAAAGUUUAGAAGAUGAACAUAGUGUACAUAUACGGAGGAAAGUAUCGGAUACCACAAGACAUAUUAUUUCAAGAGAACAUUAUACGAUUAUACCAAG